AUGGCACCUAUCCGUGUUGCACUCAUCGGUCUCUCCUCGUCUGCAAAGACCUCCUGGGCCGCCCAGGGUCACUUGCCGUAUCUUUUAUCACCUCGAGGCAAAUGUCACUAUGAGAUUGUUGCACUCCUUAACUCGAGCGUUGAGUCUGCAGAAGCUGCGAGAAAGCACUUUUUGCUUCCUUCGGAUGUGAGGACUUAUGGCGACCCAAAUGACUUGGCCUUAGAUCCGGAUGUCGACUUUGUCGUCUGUUGCACCCGAGUCGAUACUCAUAGCUUGACGGCAGAGCCAUCGUUGCGAGCCGGAAAAGCUGUCUAUAUAGAGUGGCCCCUCGUAGAGAAUUGCGAGGAAGCCGUUGCUUUGACGGCUAACAAACGUCUAGAUAAUAGCAUCAUUGGGCUUCAGGGGCGCGUUUCGCCUAUAGUCCUCAAACUUAAAGAGAUCCUCAAGUCGGGUCGAAUAGGCCGAGUAUUGAGUAGCGACAUUCGUGCCUACGGUAAUCUCUUACCUAGGGAUUCGCUACCGGAAGGCCUUUCGUAUUUCGCAAACAGGAAUAUUGGGGGCAAUCCCAUCACUAUUGCUUACGGGCAUACUAUCGACUACGUCCACGAAGUUCUCGGGGAGUUUUCCUCGUUUAAAAGUCGAAUGCAGAUACAGCGACCAGUCGUCGCGGUUCUGGGUAAGGAUGGGACUCAGAUCAAGAAGAUAGAAAGCGACGUACCUGAUUUUUUGGUUGUUCAUGGGAAGCUAGCUAAGGGCAAGGCAGACAUUGCGGAGGAUGCUACAUUAUCUAUUACGUACAGGAGCGGACAGCAAUUCAAGGGAACUCCAGGAUUCUUAUGGACGAUUAACGGCGAAGUAGGCGAGAUUAUGGUGACCGCGAAUGGCGCAUACGUACACUCUGAUUCUUAUAGAGAGCCUAUCAAGAUCAAGAUCCACGAUCAUGCUUCGGACGAGGUGAUUGAUGUAGAGUGGGACUGGGAAGACUGGCAAAAGGAACUCCCAUAUCGUUCUAGGAUCGUGGCGGAAUUGUACGAAAGGUAUGCGCGUUGGUGGUAUAAUGGAAGGCCUACCGGUGAUCUCUCGGAGAUGGAUUGGCCUCGGUUACAUGAUGCUGUUGUGAGAAUGAAGGAGAUAGAUAAGGUCUUUAAACAGUAUGAUGCGUAA